AUGAAAACUCUCUUUGCAAGUCUGGGCCCUGUGGAGGGGAGUCACAGCCUGUUGGGAGCUGAACUGGUUGCAAAACACUGUUCUGUCUGUUCUUCCCUCAGUGUUCUGUCACCUGUGGAGGAUCCUGGCGAGACUCCUGAAAAGAAGCAGAAAAGAGAAUGUCUCACCCUUCAGGCUGACGAGGGAGUCGAGGAUGUUCCUGUGGCAGUCGAGUUCCCACCAGAGGCCACACUUUCUUUUGCCAUUGAUGUUUUUAACCCAAGCAGGAAUAACCACUACAUCCAGCCUGCUCCAGACAGCCCUGUGACCCCCAGGCCUCCCAUUAAGGAGCCUCCUGUGCCUAUUCCCACCUCCUCUGGUGCAGGAAGGCCCUUGUGUGCUGCUGAAGAGGUGAGCUGGGAAGAAGGGAAUUCUAAGUACAAAGAGAUCUUGAAUGCACUGAAAGAAAAAUAUUCUGGAAGACUUUCUUCUCGGCAGGCAUCAAGCAUCAAAAAGUGCCAAAUGUGGAGAUGUUUUGAGCCCCCAGCUGCCUCAGAGGGGAGUUAUGAUCAGGGCCAAAGUGGAGCUGAAGUCUCCCAGGGAAUGUUAUUUCCAUACAUUCUAACACCUGUUCUGUCCCAAGACUUAUUCUUUGUGGACAGGGAGACAUUCCCAAGCUCUGAAGAACGAACCGAAGACUUUGCUCCACUCACAGAGGCCAUGGAGACAGAGAUCACGGCUGCCUUUGGCCAAGGUGAGCCCAGUGAGAUCCUGAGCAGUGCCUUCAAGCUCCAGGUGACUCGGGAAGACAUCUGCACCCUGCAGCAGCUGUGCUGGCUGAACGAUGAGAUCAUCAAUUUCUACAUGAGCCUUCUGGUAGACAGAAGCAAGAAAGAAGGCUAUCCAGUGGUCCAUGCCUUCAGUACCUUCUUUUACCCCAAACUCUGUACUGGAGGGUACAAGGCAGUAAAGAGAUGGACCAGGGGUGUAGAUGUCUUCCAGCAGGAUCUCAUCCUGGUGCCCAUUCACCUCAGACUGCACUGGACACUGCUGGUCAUAGACGUCCGAAGAAAAACCAUCAAGUACUUCGACUCCUUGGGGCAGAAAGGCGACAAAAUCUGCGAAACAUUCUUACAAUACCUGCAAGAGGAGAGCAGGGAGAAAAAAAACCUGGAACUCCCUGUUGCUGAGUGGACUCUUCGCAGUUUGGGCCCACAGGAGAUCCCUCAGCAAACCAAUGGCAGUGACUGUGGGGUGUUUGUCUGCAAGUUUGCAGAUUCCAUCUCCAGAGACAAACCCAUCACCUUCACACAGGAACACAUGCCUUACUUCCGCAGGAGGAUGGUGUGGGAGAUAAUCCACCAGCAGCUGCUCUGA